UUUAAAUACUCUUUGAAUGAAAUAACCGUUUGUUUUCUUUCUUUCUUCGUGUUAUUUUAAGUUAUUUUAUAUUAAAUUGCGCAUCUACACGAAAUAAAUCUUUACUUAUCAAGUAUUAGACAAUAUGACUUGUAUCAAAUAUUUUUUACUUACUGGUGAACCAGGUGUUGGCAAGACUACUUUGACGAAGAAGUUAAACCAAAUUUUAAGAAGUAAAGGCAUCAAAACUGCCGGUUUCUUUACAGAAGAGGUUAGGCAGAAUAGGGUCAGAGAAGGGUUCGAUAUCGUGACACUGGAAGGUCAAAGAGGUCGUUUAGCUCGAGAUGUAUCUCUAUUAUGCAACACUGUCAAGUUUAAAGUAGGGAAAUAUGGAGUCCUUGUCCAGGAAUUUGAAAAAAUAGCUUUACCUGCACUUUUACAGCAGGAUGAAACUGAGCCCUAUUUUUUAAUUAUAGAUGAAAUAGGAAAAAUGGAAUUCUUUAGCAAUCCUUUCAAAGCUAGGGUGCAAGAUAUUUUUAGUUCAGAUUCUACAUUUAUGGUAUUAGCUACAAUACCAUUGAGGGCAAGUGAUAGACUCAUUGAAAGUAUACGGCACAAUACCAAAUCUAAAGUCUGGACAGUAAGUUGUACCGUUAAAUAAUUUUAUCAACCGUCAUUUCUACAUAAUACUUACAAAACAGACAGUGGUAGUGUCUUUGGAAUGUAAAAGAGAAAAUAAUAAUGAUCAAUGAAAUGAAAUGCCUGCAUUAGUUUUGAUUUUGAUGAAAAUAUAUAUUUUUAUAUUCAGUCAGAUUUUGAGAUUUUGCAUUAAUUUUUCAGAUUACAAAAGAAAACAGAAAUUAUAUACAUGAAAGUAUCGUGCAAGAUAUGCUAACAUCAUUAAAUUUAAAAUAACAGAAGUAUAAACAUAAUGAACAGAGUAGACAGGGAGUGAUCAAGUAAUACUAUAUUCAAUAUUUAUUCUAAGAGCACAUAUACUUGUACUUUUAAUCAGUGCUGUAGCAUGCUUUGGAUGGCCCUGUAUCAAAAUUACUUAGGGUGCCACCAUCUUCUUUUGUGACAUAGAAAAAUAAUAACAUUAACCAGUGAUAGAACCAACAAAUUUAAGCGAUUAUAGUUUACAAUUAAAGUUAUGAAAUCAUCUAACCAUUGCCAAAUGAUAACUCAUUAAUACUUUAUAUUAAGGCUGGUACAAACUUGAUCAAAUAUAAUAAUUACCACAAUAUGUUAAAUUUCUAUAAUACCAUUUGAUAUCUACUCUCAAUGUACUAAGGUUUAAAAUUUGACAGAUUUGUAUAACCUGACGUGCUGUUGACUGUUCAUUAACUAAGUACAUACGGCGGCACGUCAAGUUACCAUAAUAUAUCAAGUUUCUACAAUGGAUUUUGAUGUCUACCCUCAAUAUAUUAAAGUAUAAAAUCGAGUGGUGAAAUUUGACAGAUUUUUAAUUUGAUG